AUGAUUUGCACCACUCAUGUAGUUGUUGCUCCUAAAAGGGAUGAUGCUCCUGAAAAUGCAUACGGGUUCAGAGCAUCCAGUCAAGAUGAGACCAACAUCACUCUACAGUGGAAUAAAAUGAACAACAAUAUCAGCUUUGUUCUCCAGUUUAAUGGCACAGACACAUCAAUCAGUGCACCAGAUGGAAAUGGACCAGUUAACUACACAGUGUCAUUUCUCAGUCCUGGAACCAGAUACACAUUCACUCUCUUCUCUGUGUUUAACAAUAUCAGGAGCAGAGGAGUCAGCGUUACAGCAGCUACCAGUCAGAUCAGGUUAGCUGGUGCUGAAUUUUCUCAAUGUUCUGGAAGAGUUGAAGUCUACCACAACAGUACCUGGGGAACGGUCUGUGAUGAUGAUUGGGAUUUAAAGGAUGCCAAUGUGGUUUGUAGAGAGUUGGGCUGUGGAACGGCACUACAUGCUAAAAGUGGAGCCUUCUUUGGUCAAGGAACAGGACAGAUCUGGCUUGAUGACGUGUCGUGUUCUGGCUAUGAAGCUUCACUUACACAGUGUCAGCACAGAGGAUUUGGGACACACAAUUGUGUACAUUGUGACGAUGCUGGUGUCGUCUGUUCAGGUCAGAUCAGGUUAGCUGGUGAUGGAUUUUCUCGAUGUUCUGGAAGAGUUGAAGUCUACCACAACAGUGUCUGGGGAACGGUCUGUGAUGAUGAUUGGGACUUAACGGAUGCCAAUGUGGUCUGUAGAGAGUUGGGCUGUGGAACAGCAUUGGAGGCUAAAAGUGGAGCCUUCUUUGGUCAAGGAACAGGACAGAUCUGGCUUGAUGACGUGUCGUGUUCUGGCAAUGAAACUUCACUUACAAAGUGUCAGCACAGAGGAUUUGGGACACAUGACUGCGGACACAAUGAGGAUGCUGGUGUCAUCUGUUCAGAGCUUGAAAAUGCAGAUGGGUUCAGAGCAUCCAGUCAAGAAGAGACCAGCAUCACUCUGCAGUGGAAUAAAGUAAACAACAUUAUCAGCUUUUUCCUCCAGUUUAAUGGCAGAGCAACAUCCAUCAGUGCACCAUAUGGAAAUGGACCAGUAAACUACAGAGUGUCAUCUCUCAGUCCUGGAACCAAAUACACAUUCACUCUCUUCUCUGUGUUUAACAAUAUCUGGAGCAGUGGAGUCAGCGUUACAGAAGCUACUGCUCCUGCAAAUGCAGAUGGCUUCAGAGCAUCCAGUCAAGAAGAGACCAGCAUCACUCUGCAGUGGAAUAAAGUAAACAACAUUAUCAGCUUUGUUCUCCAGUUUAAUGGCAGAGCAACAUCCAUCAGUGCACCAGAUGGAAAUGGACCAGUAAACUACACAGUGUCAUCUCUCACUCCUGGAACCAGAUACACAUUCACUCUCUUCUCUGUGUUUGACAAUAUCAGGAGCAGUGGAGUCAGCAUUACAGCAGCUACUGCUCCUGAAGAUGCAGAUGGCUUCAGAGCAUCCAGUCAAGAUCAGACCAACAUCACUCUGCAGUGGAAUAACAUAAACAAUAAAAUCAGCUUUGUUCUCCAGUUUAAUGGCAGAGCAACAUCCAUCAGUGCACCAUAUAGAAAUGGACCAGUUAACUACACAGUGUCAUCUCUCAGUCCUGGAACCAAAUACUCAUUCACUCUCUUCUCUGUGUUUGAGAACAUAAGAAGUAGAGGAGUACAGCUUUCAGCUGCCACUGCUCCUAAAAGUGCAGGUGGCUUCAGAGCAUCCAGUCAAGAUGAGACCAGCAUCACUCUGCAGUGGAAUAAAGAAAACAACAAUAUCAGCUUUGUUCUCCAGUUUAAUGACACAGAGACAUCCAUCAGUGCACCAUAUGGAAAUGGACCAGUAAAGCACACAGUGUCAUCUCUCGGUCCUGGAACCAGAUACACAUUCACUCUCUUCUCUGUGUUUAACAAUAUCAGAAGCAGUGGAGUCAGAGUUACAGCAGCUACCAGUUCUAUGCCUACAUUUGGUCAAUCAUCCAGGGUCUGCAAAUGCACACUGAUGUCUGCUUCAUGUGAACAAACAUCAAGAUCUUCUCUUCUCAAACAGAAAGACUUAACAAGAGUGGUAUCUUUCACAUCUGUAGAAGACCCUUUGACAAAGGACUUGCUGAACUCAUCUGUGACCUUCAAUAAUAUGUCUUCCCUGAUAAAGAGACAACUCGAACCAUUCUUCCAGAAAAGGUUUUCCUCUGCCUUCCUCUCCAUGGAGGUUUCUACAAUCAGAAAAAGCUCGGUUAUCCACACCGUGAACCUCAAGUUUAGAGGCACGUCUGUUCCUGACAACAAUGAGAUACGGGAUGUUUUGAUCGAGGCGGCUUCGUCUAUCGUCGACUUCAGCAUCGAAACGAAAUCGAUCAGCAUUCUUAGCUAAACUUGAGGUGUGGAAAGCCUGAAGAUCAGUCUUGAGUCACUAUGGUUUAAACCAAAUACAUAAUUACAUGUUAUUACAUAUUACUCCUUGUACUAAAGCUUCAUGUCUAUAAAAAUAAUUAUUGAGCUGCAAUAAUUAUUUUUGCAUUUAGAUUAUACUGCUAGUAAUUAUUUGUAUUUGCUGCUGAAGGGAAGGUGUGCUUUAAAACAUUUAAAGUCAUUGUCAAACAUUAACUGUUUAUGUAAUUUUAUGGCCUAUUCUGAGUAGAAAUGAAAAAAGAGAAAAAUAAAUCAAUUGUGAAUAAAAAUGUAGCUUCUUUCUUGAGAUGCU